AUGGCCAUGUCCGCCAAAAAUGCAAAAGCCUUGGCACACGAGAAGCGCAAAGGCGAGUCAGCCUUGAGCGAGUUCGCCGAAUAUGUAGAGCAGCAGCAAAACCUCCGCUUCCCUGCGUCACGACAGGCCAAGGUUUCUGCCGCCCCUGUCGCCGGUGACGCGGACCACCACGAGGAACUGGAUGAGUUGUUUGACAAUCUGGACCUCGCAGACACCGCUCCGAGGAUACCGCUGAGGGACUUGGUUCUCGGACAAGACGAUGCCACGUACGAAAAGCUUCGCGAUGUCAUCGCCGACCGCAUAACCGAGGGCAUGGGGGAGACGGUUUUUGAGCUGGGGUACGACACCAACGGCGAGUCUAUGGGCUUGUCCCUGAACGAAUGGCAUGCGGCCUACGACAGGCUGGCCAAGGCAGCCAAGUCUGCCGGGGCCGACUGCGAGCUCCUCCUCAGCAAAAACGUCGGCGGCAAGGUUGAAGCCGAGAGCAGCACCAAGGCCAAGCUCGACAAGGGCGGCGGAUGCAAUGGCAAGGUGCUGAUCCGACGACGUCCCUCGAGUGUCGGAGAUGUCAUCGAAACUAGAAUAGCGGUGGUUGGCAACGUCGACGCCGGAAAGAGCUCUCUGUUGGGCGUUUUGGUCAAGGGCGAUCUUGACGACGGCCGGGGCAAGGCGCGAGUCAACCUGUUUCGUCACAAGCAUGAAAUCGAAACUGGGCGCACCAGCUCGGUCGGCAUGGAGAUAUUGGGGUUUGACAGUGUGGGACGGGUCGUCACCUCUGACACUCCUGGGCGUAAACUGUCGUGGGAAGACAUUGGAAAGCGAAGCGCCAAAGUCAUCACGUUCAGCGACUUGGCAGGCCACGAAAAAUACCUGAGAACGACGGUUUUCGGCCUGCUUUCGAGCAGCCCCAACUACUGCCUGCUCAUGGUGGCGGCCAACAACGGCCUGGUCGGCAUGAGCAAGGAGCACCUGGGCAUCGCGCUCGCCCUCAACGUCCCGGUCAUGGUCGUCGUCACCAAGAUUGACAUUUGCCCCCCCAACAUCCUCGAGGAGACAAUCGCCCAAAUCACCAAGAUUAUGAGAAGCCCCGGCGCCCGGAAAGUGCCGACCUUUAUCAGGAACCGCGAGGAAUGCAUCAACACGGCCACGCAGUUUGUCAGCCACAGGAUAUGUCCCGUCUUCCAAGUGUCCAACGUCACGGGCGAGAACCUGGACCUGGUGCGCGCCUUUCUCAACAUCCUCCCUCACCACGGCAGGUACAACGCGGACGCGCCGUUCGAGUUCCACGUCAACGACACGUUCUCGGUGCCCUUUACCGGCACGGUGGUCUCGGGCGUCGUCAAGUCCGGCGUGAUUCACGAGGGCGACAAUGUGCUGGUAGGGCCCGAUUCGCUCGGGCAGUUCGCCUCGACGGCGAUCCGGUCCAUUGAGCGAAAGAGGAUCCGGACGCCGGCCGCAGUCGCGGGCCAAUCGGCCUCUUUUGCCCUGAAGAAGGUGAAGAGGAAAGACGUGAGAAAAGGCAUGGUUGUCCUGCCCAAGCUGGAGGGCCAGGCAAGUCCCAAGGUGUACAAGGAGUUUGUUGCCGAAGUCUUGAUCCUUUCCCAUGCCACGACCAUCAAGAAGAAGUAUCAGGCAAUGCUGCACGUCGGGCCCGUCUCCCAAACCUGUGCCAUUAUCGACAUUGACCGGGAACUGAUACGGACCGGCGACAGGGCCACUGUGGCCUUUCGGUUUGUCCAGCGUCCCGAGUACUUGGCGCCGGGCGAUCGGCUGCUUUUCAGAGAAGGCCGCACCAAGGGACUGGGUAUCGUGAAGGCGGUUGGUUACGACCCCAACCACCCGCUGACGGGGAAGCCUACAGAUUAUGACGCACCUAGGGAUGGAGAACAGUCCCACGCGGGGCAGGGGGUAGGGGUAAGUGCUUAG